AUGCUGCUGCGGUUGCUUAUUGUUGCUGCUGUUGUGGUGGUGGUGCUGGUGGUGGUGGUGGUGGUGGCGGCCAGCUACAACAAGGGUCGUGAAGAGCCACGACACCAGCCGCGAGCGCCGAGCGCCCCAACCAGAGUCGUGGGGGAGACGCGAAUUCGCACCGCUUUUCGCCGCGAGGAGCAGGAGCUGGUGCUGGCAGAGAGCCGGCGAGAGGCCGCCCAGGCCAAGGAGGAGGCGCCCGGCAGCGCGCCACAGCGCGAGCGCGUUCGUUCUGUGGUGAGCGCGGCGAACCGCUGCAGGUGGAAGCUCUGCAAGCCAGGCCAAGUGCCAGAGCCUGGAGAAAAGUUCUCAGGAGGAUCGGUCGACGAGUCCUCGCCGAUGUUGCCGGUGCGGAAGGUCGGCUGGGAGCUGGUCGCGAACAAGGACCUCGAAACAGACGCCAAGGAGCCUCGGCCCGCCACCUCGCAGUCCGUGAACUCCGGGACCUUGGUCAGCUUCGAGUCCGCGGCGUCCCAGGCCUCCCUGAUCUACUGCUCCUCCGCCAACUCCCUGAGGUCCGUGGCGGAGUGGGUCUUCCCCUUGCAGAACCGGAUCCUGCCCCCGGAGAAGACCUAUGAUCGGCAACUCCUCGCACCCAGCGAUCCCCGGCGCCAGUGGUUGGAGGAGUACAUCCAAGGCUCGCUGAUGUCCCACCGAAAGAUGUACGACUCGGAAGAGUGGUGCUCACCACCACAGAUAGAGAUCAUCCGGAUCUCAGAAGUCUUCAAUCCCAUCGUCAACAACGCUUACUACCAGCAGCUCUCUCAGAUGCAGGAGGUCUGGGGCACCGAUCGCCAAGCGGUGCCGGAGAUGUCCAGGGCGAUUCCCAUACGAACCGCCUGGGACCGGAACCGGAUGAACGAGGUGCUGCUCUUUCACGGAUGCAAGUGGGACUCCUUGUUCGGCAUCUUACGUGAGGGCUUCGAUCCGCGCCUGGGUGGCAUCAACACCGGGGCUGCUUUUGGCAUCGGCUGCUACUUCACCACCGUGGCCUCCAAGGCGGACGCCUACACCGAGCGCUGGGAGGAGUGGGAAGGCCGGCCGAACUGUGAGAUCCCGGCAGACCUGCGCUGCUUGCUCGUUGCACGGGUGGCGCUGGGCGAGAUCUCCGAGUUGCGGGACGCCGACGCCUCGCUCCGGCGGCCUCCGUGUAGCACUGCAGACGUGCGUUGUGACUCCGUCCUCGGCGUGCCCAGAGCCCGGGGCGGCUGCGUUGACUACGAUGAGUUUGUCAUCUACAAGCAGGCCCAAGCCACGCCUCAGUUCAUCGUGGAUUACAAGCACAUUGAUUGCUGCACCUGCCGCAGUUGCAUGCGGGAAGCCAUUGCCUAG